CACACAUCAUACUUGAAUGGCGAUAUGGAGCGGAUGAGAAGUUGCUGCUGCACGGUGUUCCAUCAAGCUUGCUGUGUAAAAACAGCACCCUGCCGCGCGAGGAAGAAAGGGGGGUGUAUUGGUCUGUUGGCAGCGGUUCAGGCGUCUCCAAUGGACACCUAAAGCGGGACUUGGCUCGGUGUAACCACACACACACUGGAGCAUUCACACAAGAUGGCGAUGGAUUGGAGAGGCGGUUCUCCUAUAACUGCUAGUGUUACUUUAAAAAAAUAAAUCUAUAUAAAUUACAAAAAAAUCCUUGCGCUUUUUUUGUUGUUGUUGUUGUUGCUGGAAAUCAAAGGGUUUACAUGGCGCUGGACGGUCUCUGCUUUCUCUGCCUCGCUUCGCUGACCCUCGCUGCUCUUCAAGAUAAAGCUUAUUCCCUGGAGCUGAGCUGCAGCGCUGGUCCGGUUCAUGUUGUUCUAGAACCCGCCCAAGAGCUGAUGCUGGACUGUAACCUGCCGGCUGUGGAGCAGCCCGUCCACAUCUCCUGGGAAAAGGACGGUGUGCCGGUGGUGAGCGAUGGGAUUCUGCAGGUGCUGCCCAACGGCUCCCUGUCCAUCCUGCAGGCCGUGCGUGAGGGCAGGGUCCAGGAGCGCCGGAGCAGUGCUGAGGGGAGCUACUCCUGCACCGUGAGCAGCUCAUUCGGGGCCAUCGCCAGCCGCACAGCCAUCAUCCGAGACGCCACUCUCUCGCGGUUCCUGCAGCACCCAGAGUCUCAAGUGGUGCAGCAGGGUGGCCUGGCGCGGUUCCAGUGCAGAAUUGACGGGCUCCCAACGCCGAUCAUCACCUGGGAAAAAGACCAAUCCCUCCUCCCCGACCAAGCCAGAUUCACCCCCCUCCCGAACGGUGUCCUGCAGAUUGUCAAUGUGCAGGGAGAGGAUGCAGGGGCGUACCGCUGUGUGGCAGCAAAUGCGGCUCGGACUUGCUACAGCCAGGACGCAGCGCUCACCGUCACCGAAGGUCCUCCGUUGGGGCAGGGGGACGUGGUGAUCAUCGCUGCCCCCAGAAACACAACGGUGGUGGCGGGGAAGCCCGCGGUAAUGGAGUGCAUGGCCCAGGCAGACCCCACCCCCUUCGUGUCCUGGAUCCGACAGGAUGGAAAGCCCAUUGCCACCGAUGCUGUAGUUCUGUCCACUAACCUUCUGAUUGCUGAUACCCAGUCCUACCACGCCGGGGUGUACGUCUGUCGAGCCAACAAGCCGAAGACCCGGCAGUUUGUGAAUGCUGCAGCUGCGCUGCGAGUGCUGGCUCCCCCGGUCAUUACGCUGUUGCCUGAAACCAUCUCCCGGACGCGGGCCAGCACGGGCCGCUUCGUGUGCAAGGCAUCUGGGGAGCCGGCCCCUGUCAUCACCUGGAUGAAGAACGGCCAGCCCAUCCACUCCAACGGGCGGGUGAAGAUCCAGAGCUCCGGCAGCCUGGUAAUCAACCAGAUCGCGGUGGAGGACUCUGGAUACUACCAGUGCAUCGCUGAGAACAACCUGGGCACUGCCUGCGCCACCGCCAGGCUCUCUGUCAUCGUCCGCGAGGGGCUUCCCAGCAACCCUCACAGCGUGUCGGCCGCCACCCUGUCCAGCACCGCCGUCUUGGUGACCUGGGAGCGGCCAGAGCACAACAGCGAACAGAUCAUUGGCUUCUCCCUGCACUACCAGAGGGCUGCAGGAGGCAUGGACAACGUAGAAAACCAAUUUGCAGUGAACAACGACACCACUGAGUUUCAGGUGAAAGACUUGGAACCCAACACAAAUUAUACCUUCUAUGUGGUGGCUUAUUCCCCGCUGGGUGCCAGUCGGACAUCUAACUCGGUCACUGUCCACACCUCAGAAGAUGUCCCUAGUGCCCCACCUCAGCUGUCCCUGUUGAGCACGACUCCGACCGACAUCCGCGUCAUGUGGUUCCCUCUCUCUGCAGAGCUGAGCCAGGGCAAGGUGACCAAGUACAGGAUCGACUACUGCACAGUGGAGGAGGUAGAUCAGAUCUAUUCCAUUGAAGUGGCUGGAAACGAAACGCAGGUCCCCCUGCAUUCACUGCACCCCAACAAGACUUACAAGGUGCGGAUUGCAGCGGGAACCAGCGCUGGUUUCGGAGACCCCUCUGAGUGGACACAACACCGGACCCCCGACAGGGACAACCAGACCAUGGUUCUCUUUGCUCCCCUGGAACUGAAGGUCAGGGCCAAGGUGGACUCCCUUCAAGUCAUGUGGCAGCCGCCAUCCAAUCAUGUGCAGAUCUCUGGAUACAAGCUGUAUUACCGGGAGGCAGAGCUUGAGGAUUUGGCCAAUGAAGAUCCGCCAGACUCUCCAAGAAGGGAGACCUGGGCCAGUUCACCCAUCAGGCUGAAAAAGAAAGUGAAGCAGUAUGAGAUCACGGGCCUAGCCCCUGAUCGGCUCUAUGAAGUGAAGGUCAUGGCCUUCAGCAAGCAUGAGGAUGGCUAUGCGGCCGUGUGGAAAGGCAGGACAGAGAGGGCACCGCUCACUAUGGGAGAGCCCCCGGUGCAGAAGGUCCCCCCUCUGCCCCCCAGCAGUGUGCAGGCUGUGUCCAACAGCUCCACCUCCAUCUGGCUCAGGUGGGAGAAACCAAGCUUCCGCACGGUGAAGAUUGUGAACUACACUGUGCGCUGCAACCCCUGGGCCGUCAAAAACGCCUCUCUAGUCUCCUAUUACAUCAGCUCUGAAGAGCAGAUCCUUCUCACUGGGCUCAAGCCCUACACCAAGUAUGAGCUGGCAGUCCAGUCCAACGCAGUGGGUGUGGAUGGCCCCUUUAGCAAAGUGGUGGAGCAGUCCACUCUGCCCGACAGGCCGUCCUCGCCCCCCUCAGGGCUGCAGCUGAGCCCCUUGGGUCCCCACUCUGUGCUGGUACGCUGGCAGCCCCCCCUGGAGCCCAAUGGGCUCAUUGUGGAGUAUGUGGUCCUGUACAGCUCCAACAGCACCCAGCCAGAUAGCAUGUGGAGCUCGCUGUCCCGAGAGGGGAACAUCUUCAGCGCAGAGGUCAAGGGGCUGGAAAGCGGCACCAGGUAUUUCUUCAAGAUGGGUGCAAAGACGGUGAUGGGAGCCGGGCCCUAUUCACAGGUGAAGGAAGCACACGCCCUCCUGGAGAAACACUCCGAGCCUGAUAUCCUGGAUAUCCACUCAGUGACUGGGAUCAUCGUGGGGGUCUGUCUGGGGCUGCUGUGCAUUCUGCUGUGCAUGUGGGUCAGCUUCCGCACCAGCAAACAGAGAGAGAUUCCCCAGGGCCCAGACUUGCACUGCUCCACCAGUCCCCACUCUUUGUACCGCAAGGGCCGGCCUGCCCCCGUCACCCAGCUUGAGUGCCACGACUGCCACGAGCUCGAGACGCUGAUGUCACCUUGGCCAGAGGACACCUCCCUGCCACUGACCGAAAUCACUGAGCUUACUGAGCAGCGCAGCCUCAUGGGAACCAGCCUGGCAGAAGACAGCCUCCACGCUGAGCUCAAGCCUGCAUGGAAUGGGUCGGUUAGUCGCAACUGGGCCAAUAACAUAACCAGCUACCGCGACACCAUCACAGAGGGAUCUCCGGUGGCGACAAACGGGGCGAUGGGUCCCCCGAGCGAGAUGGCCAUGGAGAGGUUGCUUCAGACAGCGGCUCCAGAGUCCAGCAAGAGUGAAGUGAAGAAUAAAGCCACACCAUUGGUGAGCACCCAUCAGAUGGAAGCUUUGGUCAUUGUCCAUUCAGAACUGUCCGAGUCUGAGAGGAACGGGGAGGGCCCCGCGCAGUACACACAGGGGCAUGAUGGGGAGGCCGUGGAGGAAGAGGAGAGCGACGUCCUAUUGACCAAUCGGAACACUGCCGACAGCAACGAGGCAGGCAGAGAGAGGGGCAGCCCUGUCCUGCUGAACCACAACGGGAAGAAGGCAGGAAAGCCGGAGUUGGGCGAGUCUCACGGCCUUGCCAACGGCUUCCACAGCGCCGAGGAGCACAACCACUCAUUGGAGAAUGGAGACUCUCUUCAGCAUGACAACAGGAACUGUCAGCCAGCGAAGUGCCAGCCUUUCCCCAUAGGCCCACAGGAGCACCCCCAGCAGUUUGCUAGCUCUGGUAUCAUAAACUCUACCUCAACAACUGACAACUACUUGUGUCCGUAACCCAUGAAUGCGCAAUUCAGAGCCACUUUGGUCUUGGGAGAGCUAUAAGACAUGUGUCAUGUGUUUUGUUCUGUAACGUCGUGACACCCACACAAUCAGGACAUUUCUUUUUUUUUUUUUUUUUUUCAGUUGAUUGGAGCAGCGUGCAUUUUCAGUUGUGAUUGCAGUCAGCAUACAACACAAAGGCUUUGGAUGUGGAACAUAGAGGCAAAACUAUGAUGUAUUGCAUUACAAUUUUUGUCCAUCAUGAACAAACCUCCCAAUACGAUGGUGGGAUAUAGAAAUGUAGCCCUUUUUACAGCCCACAGACAAUUUGGUUUUGUUAUAAAGUUUGUUUUAACCAAAACCUGAAGAGAACAUAAGGUUUACCUGUACACUAACUACAGCCUAGGUAGAUCUGAAUGUAUAUAUUACUUACUUCAGUGAAAUGUAUGCUUUUUAAUAUUACACAGAUAUAUUCAAUAUUAUCACCCAAGUUAUUAUUAAUGCUUUAUUUAUUUAUUUGAAAAGCACAUAUCUCCAACGCUAGUAUUUCCUUAAUUUUAUAAUCUCCCUUAAAUAUUAUUACCUGUAUUCUGUAACAUCACUGAAGCCUGUCUUUAAUCCACAGGAACGAGACCAUCGCCAGUAACUGCUUCUCACAGUUGAAGGAAUUUGUUAACAGGGAGAAACUUUAUGGGGUAUACCCAUACAGUAGAGUACCUUUUGAAUCUAAACAAAGAUUCCAGUCUUCCUAAAGUCUGAACUCCACAUUGAAUAUCUGCAGUGACAUGCUGUUUAGCGCGCCCAUGGUCACAGUGAGUUUAGUUGUCUCUGUGUACACAACCACAAAAACUCACGCUAGUAGCUGAAGCAGCAGCCUUUUAUUGCCCUCUAUGAGUGCCUCUUACAACUUUCACUACAGCAGAACCUCUUCCAAGAUGUGGUUGAGGAACGGAGUCUGGACUUUGCAUUGGGUUCUCAUGCCUAGUAUUUUAGGUACAGCGUCAGUGUAUUUGUUUUUCUGGGAUUACUUUCUGUUUCGUUUUCCAAGGUGAAGUAAUAUGUGUUUUUUUAGUAACAUUUUAAUACAGUCUCCUCCCUUUUAUUUUUUUUCGCCCAGACAACAGAACUACCUCAUGUCUGUUAAGAACAGUUUUACUCCUUUAUUUUAUUGUAGUUCGAUACAGUUUUUUAAACGAUGCACUGCCUUUCUUGAGACGACCUUUGCACUGGUUGUUAAAUGCCUUUUUCUCCCCCAUUUUAUGUACCUUUUGACUUCUUUCUUCCUUUCACACCUGCUGUAUCCCAGAUAAAUGGCCCCCAAAUGAGCAGUAACAGGGUUGAAAGGAGCAGGAUGCAGAUUUGGAGUUACAAAGAGAACGGCCCCUUAACUUCUGCCUAUGAUCUCUUGACAGGCUCAUAAAUAAUGCCUGGGUAGUGACGGACGGAAUAACGGUGGGCUUAUCCCACAAGGACCCCACCAAUAUUAUUAACAAGGGGCUUUUUUUUAAUUGCUUGGAUGAGAGAGUACAAAUCUCUGCCUUUUUUCAUGGCAAUAAAAGGAUUACUUUGUAGUGACCCAGAUGGCACUUGCAUUGAUCUGUUAGGUGGAAACUGUCUCUGUGUUCCUUGGUGCCAAACUUGAAUUUUCAAAUUAAGUGAACAAUUUUUAGAGGUGCCAACCCAAACCUGUGGGACUCCCUACUUCCUUUUUUGUUAGCGCACGUUACAGUAUCGGGGAUUCAGGGUUCUCCCCAGGCCUGUUCAGCCAGGCGGAAUCGCAAAGGAUCAUGGGGUAAAUGGAGCAGUGUAGCCUGUGUACGAAUCGGGAUGGAUUGUUAUUCAUUAUUCAGUUUCUCACGUGUGUGCGUGCAUGUGCGUAUUGUGCUGCUGUGGAGAGCAAAUUACCAUUUGACCUUUUUUUUAAUUCUUUCCCGAAUUCUAAUGAAUUAUUUAUAGGAAUAUGCAAAUAAAUUGUUAUAUAUUAGCCUCAUGUAAUGAUGAUCCAUAACUUAAAAAAAAAUAAAUAAAAAAACUGAAAUUCUGAGAUAGAACAAAAAACCGCAUUAAGUUUCAGCUGACGCCUUUGUUAAUGCUAGGUAUCUGUUUCUUCUUGUGCUGUGCAGAUACAGGGAUACUGCUGUUAAUUCAGCUAUGAAUUCUGCUCGUCAUUAAUCUCUACAGCAUCAUUCUGCGUCAGCCACAACACUAGUCAAGUUUCUUAGAAAAUUACCUCGGAAUCUGUUGCAAAGCUAGGCUUUGAAUUAUGUCAGGCUAACGACAAAAGGCAAACUAGCACUUGUCCAUAAACACUAGCAGUGUUACUGCUAUGCACAGGAACUAGGAUGUCUGAACAUGGCUAUCUUUCAAUGUUCACUUAUGCUCUAAACAAGCAAAAAUUGAGGUUAAAAUAAUCCUGAUGCUGAAAGUAGAAGAAAUUAGGGUAUUGCAAUACUCAAUAUGAGUAUUUGAUUUGUAACACAAUUACAGAUCGCAGUAUGCAACAGGAUUGAGAUAAUUACCCAAUACAUGUAUGGGUAUUUUGGAGGUAUGCUAUUAUUUUUUAUAUUCACUGGAACAGGUACAGCCUUAAACACUGUACUGCUAGUCUGGAGCAAUGAAAGCUGAUCCAACAAGCCUAUCUGUCUGUCUAUGUAUCUAUCUAUCCUGCCCUGCUCUGGGGUUUAAGAGCUGGUCAGCCCAGUCAAUGGCUGCAAAUACCUACUGACCUACAAUUGAACAGUGUUUAUCAGCAAACAAUACAAUCAUGCCACUCAAAUCCACGGAAACAUACUUAUCUAACUGUGUUUGCUAUCUGAGCCUCCACAGAAUGAAGAACGAACUUUAACAAAAAAUAAAACAACACAUUGCCGUUUAAUGCAUCAAUGCACAACUUCUUUAUGUAUAUGAUCCUGUGUGUGUGCGUGCGUGCGUGCGUUACAGAACAACUGCCUGCAGAUUGUGGAUUAUGUAAUCUUACGUCCAGUUUACUAGAUGCAUACUACACCCCAUCUGCCUUUUCAGAGUUGAACAGCAAAUAUUAUUUUAUUGUUUUCUUCAGGUAUGCAGCAUUCUGUAUUUUGAUAUUCCAAGUAGGAUACCUUGUUCCUCGAUAGGUUUUCUUACUGUUUUAACAAUUUGUAUUGUUCAUUUUAUUGAGUAACACUGGACAUUUAAAUACAUUUUCUAAAACUGAAAUCUCACCAGGGUUUCCUGUAGGGAACAAACUGUUGUAAAGAAGAAAAAAAAAACAGUAUGAAGAAGCUUGACUGCUGCAGUAGAAAUGAUAAUACGCAGCCAGUGUUUAAUGUACAUGACUAAGGUCCUGGGGUUACACCUUGUAUAACUUGCACCUCUUGUACACUACCUGUAUAGAACACUAUAUACAAUACUAUAACCAAAUAUACUGCACAGCUUGUAUAUACCACACAACCUGCAUCGAAUGUGCACAAAUUCUCCUAAAAUGAAUAAAAGGGUGUGCUUGAUAUUGUUGAAAAUGAUGUAAUGUCAUUACCUCUGUAUAAAAUGCAAGUAGCGUAGAAAACUGUUUGGUUCUUUAACUUCAAUUGCAGCUAUGUUGGAAAGUCUGGGAAUGAAAACACUUACCCAUAAUACUAAAUUCUAUGGAUGAACAUUACAGUGUUUACCUCAAAUGUCAAUGGAGGCAAUUGAGAAGUGCGUUUCUGACAAACAGUUAUGGUGGGGGGAAAAAAAUGUGUAGUUUGACUUUUAAAAUCCAGUAUCGUAAUUAAGCUAAAACAAAAUGAACUCUACAAAAAAAAAAAAAAAAAAAAAAAAAACUAACCCUUGUAGUGCAUUUUGGUCAGUUGAUGUCUUUUUUUUGUAUUGUUGGCUCUAAAUUACACCUCCAUAUAAAGGCAGUACUGUGUGUAGCUCUGGCUGAGUCAUCUGAUCAGGAGCUCGCUGGUUCCAAUCCAGGUUAUACAGAGUUUCCGAUGUUGGCUGGGGGCCCUUCAUUGACCCCUACUGGUCAAACUUGCCAGGCAGAGCCUCCAGCUUUCGGUAGCUUGCUAACAGCUGUUGCACUGGCUGGUUGGGUGGGUGGAAAGAGGUCACUGGUGGGCAUUUCAAAUUGGGUACAGAAACGGAGGUGGGAUUGAUCGUACACAGCUGCUCGUUCUCAUAUUGUCUGUAAUUGUCCUCCGCCGGCACUGUAUUUGACAGCUUGUUUGUUUGCCUGCCGAAGAGCUGAAGGCUGAGAUCAAACUCUCUGUUCAGUGGCGCUGAUCAUACCUCUGCCUGAUAAUUAAACCUCCUGCAUUUGAAAAGCUGCUUCUGAAUGUAGACGUGUAUUUUUACCUUCAAAUAUCAGUUCCAGUCCCCCCAGAGCAGUGAGUUCUAUUCAGACGGACGAUUUGAUGUUUUCAAGAGAAUUCUAUUUCAAGUGUUCAAGUACGGUCUGUUUAUGGGUGUGUGUAUUUCAUUGCACUGGAUUUUCAGUGUUUCGCAGAUUAUAACAGAAACCUCUUAGUACUGUAGAUGCACUUUUGAGUCGUCCCAGACUCUGGAUUUUAAGUACUUCCAGUUUGUUUGUUUGUUUUUUUUUUAUAUUCUAUUUCAAAAGCUGCUGUAUUUGUGCAUUUCCAUGACUAAUACAAUUACCAUGUACUUUCUGCAGUGUGCGUCGCUCAGCAGAACCUCAAACAUAACAUGGUUUCUAAGGUUUUUUAAACUUCUCAAUUAAAGGUGGACGAAUGUGAACUUCUUGUAUACUUAUAAUUUGUUAAUGUGAAACAUGUGGUUUGUUUUUCACUGCUGGCCCCCUGUUCUUGCAGCCUGUUAUUGAAUUGCUUUAUUUGAUGUACAUUUUAUGUCACGGUGUGCGCUACAGGAAAUGAUGUCAUGCUUAGCCCUGCUACUCUUCAUGUACAGAAAUGGAAGGAAAUGUUACAGGAUGAAUGAAUUGCUUUUGAUUUUUGUUCCUAUUUUGAAACUCGUGUGCCACUGCUCCCUUUAACAAUGUAACUGUCAAGCUGUGAAACGCAUAUACACAUUGGGUACUGUGUGCAGCCCCUGGGUUACUGUAAAUAAACAUUGUAAUAAAGAUUCAAGAGAUAGUCCUGCACAUGCGAUGG